GUGGUGUGGAAAGUACAUUUUUGUCCAAAAGACACAAGGAAAAUAACUUGUUACCUUAAGAGGGAUUGAAGAACAAGUAAAACCCUCUCCACAGGAAAAUAAGUGCCUAACCAUGGAAGACUCGUUGAUUUGGAGGGGAGUAAUGCUUUGGAAGACACGCAGUAUUAUCCAUAUUCCUCAGAGUAUCCUUAGAUAUGUGGAACUUAAUUUUACAAUUUUCUGGAUUUUAUAAUUAUGGUGCUUACCUUGCCAGAAGACAGAUGAGUAUCUGGUAUCAAGAAAACAAUCUCAACUGACAUGGAAAUUCUUCCAUUCUAUAUAGCUAACCGUGAUUAUCAGAUCCGGCUCUUCAGCUGACAGUGGAUCUUGUGAAAUUAUGUAUAUACAGAACAUCUGAGAAGAAUCAUAAAGCAGAAUCAUAGAAUCACUAAGGGUAGGAAAGACCUCCGAGAUCAUCCAGUCCAACCAUCCACCAACCCCCACUAUUUCCCUACUAAACCAUAUCCCUUAGUACAAUAUCUAAACGUUUCUUGAACGCUGUAAGGACUUUCUCAAGAAGGAAAUUUCUUGUCACUCUCUGGUUGAGAAGGACUCACAACAUGCAUAAGAAUUCUAAAAAAUCCCAAUUACAAUUUCCUGCCAAGCACAGAAUCCCACUGCAAAGCCCAGUCAGGUCAAAACAUUUGCUCAGUAAAGGAUUCCCUUUCACUCUUCACUGUGUCGAGUGAUCUGACUAGAAGAAAAUUAUUUUCUAAAAAUUUGGAAAGAAUAAGACAUUAUUCAGGGUCACUGGAAUACUUACUGCUAUUUCCUAAGGACAACUAAUGAAACCAUAUCAGAAUUUCCCAGCACAUCCUGUAUGCAUUAUUUCCUGCAGAGGAGUUCACACCCGAGACGUGGGCAAAGGUGGAACUGAGGUGUUAUACAGCACAAUGGGAGGUGUCUCCAUCAAGGCAAUCAAGACCAGAAUAUAAUAGCUUUUAAAAUUAUUAUUAUUUUAACAAUAAAGCCUAAUUUCAAAUGUGAAUAUUUGCAGCUUCCUAAGUCCUUCUAUCAUGAAACCCAUGAAGGAAAAAAAAAUUUCUGAGAAAAUAAGGAUCAACUCAAAACUUUGAGAUUAUCUUGGAUGAUACGGAUACAAAGGGAAAUGGUCAGGUUGACAGUUGGACAUGACCAUCUUGAAGGUCUUUUCCAAUCUAUGUCAUUAUAAAUGCAAAUAUUAAAGUUGUACAGGAGAGAAAUCAUCCUUAUUUUUACUAUGUUCAGUUACCAGGGAAUUCAAGAAAGAAGGAAGUGGAUAUGAAAGCAGAAGUUGCAACUGUCAAACAAAAUGUUACUUUGCUGAAUUAACUGCAGUGCUUCGUAGGUUUAAAUGUUAGGUGAAUAAUAUGAUUAAUAUAUAUAUUAUUCCAUAUGUAUAUUAUUAUAUACAUACUACAUAUACACAUACAUUAUAUACAUAUAUUAUUCAAUAUAUGGUAAUUACUCAAACAUGAUUAAGAUACACUUCUGUAUACUACUUGCUGCCUGUGUGUCAGCUCAUUUACAUCUAUGAUAAUAAGUGCCUGUAUUAGACCACUUAUGCAUAAAGUAAGCAUACACGAGCAGCACUGUUAAGUCAAAACAAGGGUACUCAAAGUCCAAAUCUUGUCUGCACAGUGGUUAUAUACCAGGAAAAGCAAGCACUUCCCCUGAAUACUGUCCCAACCUCUGACUACAUUUAGUCUGGGGGAUUUCCUGGGCUAUGUUUGUUUUCUCCAUAUUUACCAGCUCCAGUAGACUUCUCCUCUGUAUUUUGUUCAGUAUUCUCAUGGAUUUAUGUCAAUUUUAAGCAGUCAAUGCUCCUUGGCAACAUUCAUCUGAUCAACUUUUUCCUUGCACAUAGCACUGGAGUUGGGGAAGCCCAGGGGGGGGGAAGCACCUGGUUGCAAGAGCUUCCUUUGUUUACUCCCAGUCAAGCAGUAAACGAUCAAUUCCAUCCAUUCAUCCACAUGACAGAGUUUUGUAGACAUGAUCACUUCCUCUCCUAAAUAGUUUAUUUCCUGUGAAGUCCUAUCCUGCUUAGUUAUUCUUAAAAGAGAAGGCACCGGGCUUUGGAAAUUGUUGCUCUCCUCUGGACUCUUCUACUUUCACUAUCCUUCUACUGACAAAAGGGGACCAGAAGAAUCGCUGUUGUAGGUACGUUGCUGUGAAUCAUACCUAAAAACACCUGGGAAAGGCUUAUUUUGUGGUGUAAAAUGAAAAUGUUGAAAAAUACCUGUCAAAUGAUUUUUUUUUUAAAUCAUAAAAACAGAAGCUUGAAAUACAGCUAUGCAAAAAAACAAAGUUUAAAUGUCAUUAAAAAAUAUCCAAGCCUUCAUAAAUAAAGUUUCCAAGAGAAGUAACCUUUGGCCCAGAAAAGACAGUUAUAAAAAGCUUUGUCAUGCAAAGUGAGCAAAGAUGUCUUGGACUCUUUAGUGAAAUGCUUUCCUCGAGGCCAAGAUCCAGGAAAGUAUCGUGAGGAGCUUCAACUGAGACUCCUCACUGAGGAAAAGCAAAGUUUGCUUCCUGACUUGGAACCACAUUGUCAGCUGUGACUGCCCAGGGUUCUUGCAUAGCUGGCCAUACUCAGGCAAGGCACACACACCCAUCCUAUUCACUGGUGGUCAGCUAAUUCCAUGGCACAUUGACAAGUGCAGACAGCUGCCCCAGUGGCUACUCAGCAUCUCAGUAAUGAAAACCUAUUAGUAAUUCUAGUUCUCUAUUCUAGUCAAACGUGGUCCUUUUUGCUACCCCACCCAAAUUAACUGGCAGCCCUAUGCUGUUUCUGCAGCGGCUGGCUUUGCAGCAGACCAGACCACUGCACGCUUAAGAUCAAGUGGAAAAAAUUAAAUGCUUCAAUGAAGGAGUGCUGUCAGUGUCAGGAACAGCAGCAUGACCUUACGUUCCUCUGCAGUGAAAGGUUCACUCAACAGCAAUCUUGGAUGUGGGUAGCAUAGAAUCACAGAAUUGUGAAGGCUGACAAAGACCUCUAAAAUCAUCCAGUUCAAGAGACAGAGGGAAGCAUGAACUUUUAUUGAAUAAACUGUCUUGCAGUACGACUCUGGGAUGCAUGCCACGGCCAGAGACACCUGAUAGGCCUGCGGGAAGACACGGCCCAGGCGCCAGUGAUUGGUGUGAAACACUGAUGGCGAGCACAAGAGAGGUGGGGGGGAAUGGAGCGGGCAGCGGCGCUGGGGAAAGCCCAGGAACGUGUGCUGGGGCUGGAGUGCUGCUGGCACACGUGCAGCAGGUGAGGCCGGCUCAUGGUGAUGUCCAAGCAACGGAUGGUGGCAUCGCUGUGGGAAGGGUGGUGGUAUCCACCAGUGAAGGUGAGGAGCGGCAACACGGCCAAGCCAUGGUUUGUGACAUCUCCGUGCGAGGGAUUGUGACUGCUUGGCCCACGCUGCUUUAACGCGGGCGCAGCAGCCCAGCCCGGCAGUUCGUGCCUGGCCUCCAACCGAGCGUGUGUGCGAGGACUGGAGUGUAGACGGGGCGAGCUUUGGAGCUGGAACGCGCUCUGGGUGCUGCUAGCGCAGCUCUCAGCCGCCGUCUCAGAGCCACUUGUGCUGUACCCCGACCCUGCUGGCAGCAGGCAGCCGGGACAUCGCGGAGAGGCACGUGCAGCAGCGCAGGUAGGCAGCAUGGCAAUGCCUCACACCAGCAGCUGGUGGGAUCGCUUGUCCUCUUCCAGCAUGACACCUGCUAUCACAGCACCUUAGCUUAGGAGCACACUGUCAUCUCCCGCUCCCCCAUGCCCACCGCAACUGGUGGAAGCAUGGAGCUGGCAGUAGAAACACCAUGCCCCGUAGGCCUGGACAACUGGAACAGCGUGCCACGCCAUGCUGCCACCAGUUUUCCUUCCACUACACCCAGCCGUGCAAUAGCAGCAGGCCCCAGUCUCCGCUGUGCAAACCGCACAUGCAGUCCAUCAUCCACACAGUGCAGGAGGACAACGAUAGUGAGGAGCUGGUCCUCAGGCCAGCCGCAACAGCAUCUAUUGCCUCAUAUUGAACCCGUCCAGCUUUGUCAUGGCAUCUUGUGGCACCAACUCAACACAAGUUGGCUACAAAGUUACAGGGGCAGUAGAAACGUGCAAUUUUUAUUUUUCCCAAGUAUAUCACCAUUAGAAAGGAAAAUCACGGAAUGAUGGAUGGCGAUGGAGGCCCAGGCUGGGGCCCCAAUACAUGCAGCGAUGGAUGGUGAGCUCACCGACCAAGGGGUUGUGAUGUCAGCAAUGCAGAUGACUGUGACCUCACUAGCCCUCGCUCUACAGAUUUGGGCUCUGGCAGAGGCCAGCGUGCACUCGUGCCUGGACUCCCGUUGAGCAUAGCUGCGAGACUCGGAGCACUGAGCAAGUUGCUUGAGUUGUGUUGUGGGGCUGCUGGCAGCAGUUCUUGGUGCCCAUCCCACAGUAUCACCAGCGUUUCCCCCAGCACUGCCUGACUCAGGCAGCUGGGGCCACACAGGGUGCACUUGUAGCAGCAGAGGUGAGUGGUGCAGGACAUGGCCGUGCAGUGUCUGGUGGGGAAGUGGGAGGGUUUGCUGCUGAGGGACCGGGGCAGUGAGUGACCGUGGCCUCUCUCUCUCUUUGCAGUUCGUAACACCUUCUGCCUGCCACAGCACCUGCGAGGGGAGCAGCUUCCCGACCUCAGCUCUCCCAGCCCACCGCACAGCCCGGGGCCAUGGAUGUGCCAUCCAACUGGACCUGCCCCAUCUGCGGGCAAAGUCGGGAGGAUGUCACCUAUGUGACCCCCUGCAAACACCAGCUUUGCUACGGCUGUGCCAUCUGGUGGGCAAACAAGAAGCCGAGUUGUGCCAUAUGUGGGCACAAAAUAACCACCAUCCGAUACUCGGUGAGGUCGGACGACGAUUAUCUCGAGUGUGCUGUCCCACAGCCCGCAGCACACUCUGAGGACAGCCUGCAGGAUGAGCAGGGGCCUGCAGAGCCGGUGCUCAUCCCACCUGAGCACAACUUCCCCGCCGAGGUCUGGGCUGCCUUCUUCAAGGAACAUCCGGAAGACCUCGAGCCCCUGCUCCAGUGGCUGCAGGAGGAGAUCCAGCAGGUGUCCAGCGAUGACUGGUGGGAAGUCUAUGUGGGACAGUGUACCACCGUGAACUUCCUUUGCCAGCACGGGCUGGACGAGGAGGCCUUGGUGCAGGCGCUGCAGCUGAUUACCAACGGUGACGUGGUGCCCUUCGUAAGAAGGCUCAUCAGCACUGCUGCAGCCCUGUACGGCCCCAUGAUCCGCCACGAGCUGGACCACCAGGAAGGCCGUGCUGCUGGAAGGAGGGAGGACAGCCCUGCAGCCAGCCCCAGCACCAGCACCUCCCAUCGGGAGCCUGCUGUCUCGGGCCCAGGCCGCUCCACCAGCCCCGCAGGGCCCAGCACUGAGCCAGGGCAGGCAGCAGGAGCGGGCCCCUCUGCCCAGGGCAGGGACCGCUCGUGUGGGGGGCCCCGGCGCCCCCCGAAGAGGAAGGCCCGCAGCAGCCCCCAGGACUCCUCCCCGUCCCCCAAAAGGCGGCCCCGGCGGCGGCGCUAGGCCAGCAGCGCACUGCCCUCAGGGCACGGCUCCAGCGGGCUGGGAGGCCAACAUCUACCUCUCGGCCUGCUGGUUGCUGGCAGAAUAAACAUCAGUUAAAACAAAGAAGAAAAUGUCUCUGUCUUAUUGACAAGGCUGUGGGCGUUGCU